CCCGCGGCUGAAGCAGCCCCUUUGAAGAGGCGCGGGGCCGGCGCUAUAAAAGGCGGCGGCGCGGCGGGCGCGGUGACAACGGGGGCGCGGCGCGGCCGGGGCGGCUCCGCGGCCGACAUGGAGUUCAACGUGAAGAAACUGGCGUCGGACGCCGGGGUUUUCUUCUCCCGCGCCAUGCAGUUUACUGAAGAAAAGCUGGGCCAGGCUGAGAAGACUGAACUCGAUGCCCACUUUGAAAACCUCCUGGCCAGGGCAGACUGCACGAAGAACUGGACAGAGAAGAUCCUGCGUCAGACCGAGGUCCUGCUACAGCCAAACCCCAGUGCCAGAGUAGAGGAAUUCCUGUACGAGAAGCUCGACCGGAAGGUGCCUUCCCGGGUCACCAACGGGGAGCUGCUGGCACAGUACAUGACAGAAGCAGCCAAUGACUUUGGGCCAGGGACACCUUAUGGAAAGACCUUGAUAAAAGUUGGAGAGACCCAGAGGCGCUUGGGUGCAGCAGAACGGGAAUUCAUCCGCUCUGCCUCCAUCAACUUCCUGACCCCACUGCGCAACUUCCUGGAAGGGGACUGGAAAACCAUCUCUAAGGAGCGGAGGAUCCUGCAGAACCGCCGCCUGGACCUGGACGCCUGCAAGGCCAGGUUGAAGAAGGCCAAAGCUGCCGAGGCAAAAGCAGCGUGUGAGGGAGAUGCUGUGCCUGACUUUCAGGAAACCAGACCUCGUAAUUACGUGCUCUCCGCCAGCGCCUCAGCGCUUUGGAACGACGAGGUGGAAAAAGCGGAGCACGAGAUGAGGCUCACCCAGACCGAGUUCGACCGCCAGGCAGAGGUGACGCGUCUGCUGCUGGAGGGGAUCAGCAGCACACACGUGAAUCACCUUCGCUGUCUCCAUGAGUUUGUGGAGUCUCAGACCAACUAUUAUGCUCAGUGCUACCAAUUCAUGCUGGACCUGCAGAAGCAACUGGGCAGCUCCAAAGGAGAAUUAUUUUCAGGCACGUUCGUAGGCAACGCAGACUCCACCUCUCCCGCAGCUGCUCCCUCUGCCCCGGCUGUCGCUGCUGCCCCGCUCCCUGCUGUGCCUACCAUUCCAGUUGUGCCCACAAUCGUUGGGGUGCCCAACACGGUGGCAGAGGGGGUGCUGAACCCCAACGAGGUGAAGCCUCCUGCCAGUGGGACGCGGAAGGCCAGAGUCCUCUACGAUUACGAAGCCGCCGACAGCACCGAGCUGGCCCUCCUUGCAGAUGAGAUGAUCACCGUGUACAGCCUGCCAGGCAUGGAUCCAGACUGGCUCAUAGGGGAAAGAGGAAACCAGAAGGGGAAGGUUCCUGUCACUUACUUGGAACUGUUGAGUUAAAUGUCUCCAGGAAGAAUGUACAAGCAGAAUACACCCCUCAUCUCCUGGCACUUCUAAUGUGGAUUUCUUCGUCCGAGACCAUUCAGGGUUUGACACUCCAUUGCUAGCACGGGAAUUGGGGGAAAGAAGUGGGAAAACGGUUAAUGGUGAGGUUUUGGGAAAGGGCUGAUGGCACCCAAGACUGAAUUUGUCACCUCCCAGUACAGCCUGCUUUGAGGUCAGUCUUGAUGGCACAAGAUUCCUCGAUUAUUUUCCCUUGCCUGCCCUAGUCUUGUCCCUCACAGUGGCUUUCCCAGGGCAAGCCGUGUCCCUCAGCAGCUGCUCACGGAGUCCCAGUUACACUUCCCUGUGUCUGCUGUGGGUUAGUGCCUGUCUGCCCCUCCCCUCCCAUCUCUUCUCCAACAGUAGAAUUGCCCAAGUCCAACCACUGAGCGUUCCAGUAGGGAAGUGUCUCACACCCCCACCUCUGACACGUCCCAGCACGUAAGGCAAGGAAGCUGCAGUUCAGCUUUAGGACCUGUUGAACCCAUCCUCCCGUGGGUGACCAGCAAGGCGGGGCUGGCCUGGAGCCACACUCUGUCCUGGGGCCUGGUGGCUGCUCCCUACACUGUCCCCUGAAGCUGGAAGAUUUCUUUGUGGAGACCAAUGUGGUACCAUAGGGCCCAACCCCAAACCUCAGUGCAAGGGACCAUCACCUCGCUUGUGUUUCCUCCGAGAAGUUGCUCUUGGACUGCAAAGUUUACAAGCCUUUUUACAGCUUUGCUGCCCCUGUUACUGUCCAGGCUUUUCUUUCAGUGCAUCUGUCCAGGCAUGUUUUAGCCUGACUUUAUUUUUACCCUGAAUCACUGAUUUAAUGAAUGUUUCCCCUCCCAUAUCAGCAGUGAACAGACUUGGUGCAUCCUAGUGCAGAAAGGGACAGUCCCACCCGCUGUCACCUCCAGCAAGGAGCUGCUCUUGGCCAUGCACACACCCCCCAACAGCCCCAGCUGUCCUGGAGGGACGUGCUGCUUUAGCUCAGGGGCGUGUGUGUGGGUGUGCCUGCUCAUCCUGCAGUUCACUUCUAGCUAGAGCUCACCCAAAGGACUUCCACUGCUGUGUCACUGGUUUUCCACUCAAGCUGGAUGGAAGAGAAACUCACCUGCACCGAGCUCUCUGUUCACCCCCUUCCCCUGGGUAUGUCGGAACUAACUUUGCUUGUUCAUUGAUCUUUUGCACUUUCCCCAACGGUAUCGUGACCACUCUGAUGUAACAGGGCACUGAGCACCUGUGUCUGUGGGGCUCGUGGGUUUCAGCACUUAUUUGCCAAUAAACAAACUGCCUGAC